AUGUCACUGCACGUUCACAAGGAGCGGGGUUCUGUUGACUGUGGGGAAUUCUACCUCAAAUCAGUCACAGUGGCAGAAGAGCAUGGCAACAUGAGCAAUAUCGAAAUAAUCAAAUCUACAAAUCUCAUAAUUCUGCUGGAGGAUGAAAUCUUUGUCGAUUUUUUCAACACAUUUCUUUCUCUCCCGGUCUUUGGUCAGACACCAUUUUACACAGUUGAAAAUGCACAGUGGAGCUUGUGGCCAGAAAUACCUCAUGACAUGAUUGCAAAAUACAAAGGAUUGUUGACCUGGUUGGAAAAAUACCGGCUACCUUUCUUCUGUAAAACCAACCUGUGUUUCCAUUACAUUCUCUGUCAGGAGUUCCUCAGUUUUGUUAAUUCCCCAGAAGGAGGUGAAGAGCUGGUGGAUUUCUGGAUCCUCACUGAGGAGAUCCUGAGCAUAGAUGAGAUGGACCUGGAACUCAGAGACCACUACCUGUCCCUCCUUCUUGUGCUGAAGGCCACCCAUCUUCAGGAGGGCUCACGCGUGGUAACUCUGUGCAACAUGAGCAUCAAGUCCCUCCUGAACCUCACCACCUGGCAUCCCAACCAGUCAACGACCAGGAGGGAGACCCUGAGCCACAUGCAGAAAGUGGCUCUGUUCAAACUCCAGAGCUAUUGGCUCCCCAACUUUUACACCCACGCCAAGAUGACUUUAGCUAAGGAGGAGUCGUGCCAGGGUCUGAUGCAGGAAUAUGAGACUCGCCUGUGCAGCGUUUGCUAUACCCACGUGGGAGGGCUCCCUCUAAACAUGAGCAUCAAAAAUGGCGACCACCCCCAGAAGCGGUACUUGAGCAAGGAGAGCAAGCGGAAGAUGUGGCAGUUGAUAGGUCAUGCCUCUCCGUCUCUAGAGUUGGAUACGAAGCCAGACACCAACACGAUGCCCCCCGAGGAGGCGUGUCCUCAGGAGAAGGUGGUUAUACAAAUACUUCCCCAGAAAGAGGUGUCUUCGAAGGACGGAGUAAUCAAUUCCCUGGAAAAGGAUAUUCCCUGCGCCAGGAAGUCCAACGGAAAGGUAAAAGCCAAGAGCUAUCUCCACAUGGAGGGCCUCUUUGAGACUAAGCUCUCUACCCACCUGAGGACUACUACCCCCAUCAUCAGCCACUCCCCCCAGAUGACAAUCAAGAAGGCCCUCAAGCAAAACUUCUCCCUGGGACACACCCACUGGGCCUUGUGUGCCGACGCCUAUGCAGGCAGUCCCUUUCGGGAGCACCUGAAGAAGCUGAAUUUGAGAGUGGAGAUCCAACUCCUCGACCUCUGGCAGGACCUGCACCGUUUCCUCAGCGUCCUGAUGAGGAACAGGACGAGCGGGAACACCAUCUUUCGGCACAUGAUGGGCAACCGAAUCUGUGAGCUCUACCUGAAUGAGCAGAUGGGUCCACGCCUGCCACUCAAAUCCCAAACCACUGAAGGCCUGAAGGAGCUGCUGCCUUUUGGGGUUAUGAACCCCUGGAUUCCCCGAGCCCAGAAUGAGAUCUGCCAGAUUCUCAGCCCCUGGUAUGAUGGGUUCCUGGAUGAAGAGGACUACUGGUUUCUCAUUUUUUCAACUCAGGACAAGUACAUCAGGACCACAUGGCACAAAAGAGAACCUAUAAUCCAAAAAGAGACCAUUCUGCUUUAUAAGAGGUUUGAGGAAUCCCUGGAAUUAAGCCAGGGUUUGGCUAACCUGGAGGAAAUGGAUUCUAUGCAGUGGCAAAAGAUAGCUACCGAGGACCUAAGGCAAGGCGGGUCUCUCCGGGUAGAACUGAAGUCUCCAGUGUUUCUGGCAGACAUAGAGAAAAUGACCUUUGAGGAACUCUGCUAUAAAUAUCCAAAGGUGGCCAUAGAGAAGAUCAGUGAUGACUACAAAAUAUAUUGUGAAAAAGCGCCUAAGACAGAAAAGAGGCUGGCUGAAAAUCAUCAGCUCUUUCAAGAGCUUUUAAACUUGGCAGAAGUCCUCCAAAAUCCUCACCACUUGGAGUUCUUCAAGGAGUUCCUCAAAGAACGGAAGGCUGACAGCCCAUUGCAAUUCCUGCUAGCCUUACAGAAGAUUAAUAUUGAGACAAAUGAAAAUAAUUACAAUGCUCUCCUGGAAAAUACAGUCAAGACUUUCUUCCAUGGCAAAGUCUCCCCUGAAGAAAUGCUGCAGUGCCAUGCGCCUAUCAUCAAAGAAAUCUGUCAGAUGCCUCAUGUCAGCAUGCCCUCCCUGAUGGUGCUCCAGGGCUGUGUCAUGAAAUCUUUGACGGGAAGGUGGUUUAAAGAUUACCAAGAGCUGUUCCCAGUUUAUCCUCAGGAGGCGCAGCCUGAAGCACAAGCUUUGCCCAGGAAGCCGUCAAAGGCGGCAGCAACGUACCUGCAGGAAUCCCAGGUCAGUGGGGACAAGGAAACCACUGCUUGGGCAUUAUUGCAGACCUUACAGAAGAGUUACGCUGUUAGCUUAUUCAGUCACCAAAACAACUACCCUUUGGGUGUGUGUGAGCCCAAGAACAAGGGUGCUUCUGCAGCUCAAGGGGACAUCUACCUGACCAGUGAUAUUUCUGCAUCACCAAACGUGUCAGGACGCCAAACACCAUAUCACUCAAAUGUCCGGAGUCCAGAACAGGAGAAUGAAGAUAUAAUCCUUACAAAGCGACGCAUCUUUGGCCACAGGAUUGUCAUUGUCAACUUUGCGGUCAACGAUUUAUAUUUCUUUUCUGAAAUGGAGAAAUUUAACAAUUUGGUGAGCUCAGCCCACGUGCUGCAAGCCAACCGGGCCUACAACGAGAAUGAUGUGGUCCUUAUGAAGUCCAAAAUCAACAUCAUCCUGAAGCUCUACCUCAACUCGGAGAUCCCGCCGAAGCUAAGGGUGAACAUCUCGGAGUCCCACAAGGAUGCCAUCCUUGCUGCCAUUACAGAGGGCCACCUAGAUCGGAGCCUCUUCCAUGGGGCUAUCAUGUCACUCUUCCCUGUCGUCAUGUACUUCUGGAAAAGGUUUUGCUCCUGGAAGACAACCCACUCUUACUUCCAGUACAGGGGCGAGACGUUCAAGGACAGAAAAACUCCUCCUAAACCUGUACUUGUAAACAAGCACCCUCCUUGGAAUGGAGGAGACCACACCAUCUUAAGGUUCACCUUGCUCAAAGGUAUGGAAUGGGUGCAGCCUCAGCAGCAGGAUGUCAUAGCAAGUCCAGGCCAAAAUUCUUCAUCGAGCAACCUGACGCAGCUAAAACAUUCCCUCUCCGCCGUGCAGCUGUGUUCUGUCCCGGGACAAAAAUUACCCGGCACCAAAAGGGAGAAGAAGUAAUCUCGCCAGGCCCCCGACAGAGGCACAUCACCUCUCAGCAGCCUCUUAACACUGACAGAAGCUCUUCUGGUCAGAAAUUAAAUGCCCUGGUGCCGUCUGCCCUGGAAAGAUCAGUGGGGUGACAGCCCAGACACGGCAGGACUGGACCGCAGUAGGAAGCUGGUACAACCCGUUCAGACUAAAGAGUGACAUAAAGAGGCAGAGGACAACAAACCAAGAGAGACUGAGAGAGAUCUACCUUCCACCUGCAGGAGCCUUUUCAGUCAUAUGUGUCAGGGUGUGACAUGAAAUCUCCCCUCUUUCUGCAGAAGUAUGAAAAGACAUCUGUCCCUGAUGAGCAUCAUUAUAAUCAUUGUUUUGAACUUUGUCUCGGAAGAGAGAACUAGAACCCAGAGAGGUUAAGUCACCACUCCAACACAGUCAGAAAAUGCCCAGCUGAGAAGAAAGCUGAUUCCCAUCUGACUCCUGGCCACACCACUUCACUAUGAUGGCUAAUUUUAUUUGCUAAUUGACUGACCACGGGGUGCCCAGAUUAAACAUUAUUCUGGGUGUGUCUGUGAGAGUGUUUCCAGGUGAGGCUGACAUGUGAA